AUGGCUCAGAAUCUACCCCCUCGAUCUCGUGAUACUCGCUUGGUUGUCACCGGGCACGAUGAGAAGGGCAAUGCUGUCGUAUUGCAAGACACUUGCAACGAGGCAAACCCCGUUGGAGACGGAACGCAUCUGAAUACACUUUGGUCCUCAAGUGAAUUACCGGCUUCCAUUGACGGUGAUGAGAAAAAGGGUUCAGAUCCCGCAGACGCAAACAAAGGGUCAUUUUUCAACACUUAUGAUCUUCCACCCAACUACAGUGGCCCAAUGCAUCGGACAACUACAUUGGAUUAUAUUACAGUCCUGCAGGGAGAAGUUGUUCUGACUUUGGAGGAUGGGAACCGAGUGGUUCUCGCCGAAGGGGAUACUACUGUUCAGCAAGGCACAUUGCACAGUUGGAGUAAUGAGUCGAGCAAGUGGGCUCGUCUUGUUUCUGUUAUGCUCCCCGCCAAGCCCCUCGUCAUUGACAACAAGGAACUGGAGCCACUGUGGCCAUUUUAA